GCGAGCCUGCUCCUGUUCGCGUUUCAUAUUAUACUCUCGCAAUUCUACGUGCCAGCACGUAUCUGUACGGAACGAUCGCGAAUAAAUAACCCGCACGAUUUUUUUUUUUAGUGGCCGCUUUUGCCAGAUCGGCGCGGCCGUCGCUCAUCUCUCAGGUAGCCGAGAUCACAUGUGCGAAUCGGUCGUUCGGGCCUGUCGAGCGUGAUCGAGCCUGACGAUUGCGUGAUACAUGAAUUUAAUUGGCGACCCUAACCUCACAUAAUUUCGAUAACUCGUUCGGUUCGCUGUCUCCGUCUCGCUCGCACUUCUCCGUCUCGGGCACGGGGGAGAUGUCAGUUUAACGCCGACGAAAAAAGUCCAGUUACGUUGCUCACGCGAUUGCUCUCGGCUGCUUUAAUACCGCUUAACCCACUUGAUAACUUAUAUCUUUGUAGCGUGCAAACAGAGGUAUGCCACGAAGCAAGCGAAGAGGACCGUCAGGCACAAAUCAUAAUCACACUGCUAUUGAUAUGUCAGUGUCUGGAGGACAUGAGGAGAGUUUACCUAGGCAUCCUUCAAAACGAUUAAGACAUACCUCUAGUGCCAGACGAUAUUCAAAAACUGACGAUGUAUCAAGUGCAACAGUGUUUUCUCAAAAACGUUGUGUUGCUUGGUUUAGAGAGUAUACCUCACCCGAUGAUCCGGAUACUCUUGGACCUGAAGGAAUGGAAAAAUUUUGCGAGGAUAUCGGUGUAGAACCUGAAAAUGUAGUAAUGCUCGUUCUUGCGUACAGAAUGAAUGCUCGGCAAAUGGGCUUUUUUACACUGAGCGAGUGGUUGAAAGGUUUCUCGGAACUGCAAUGCGAUUCUAUUAGUAAAGUACAACAAAAGCUUGAGUACCUAAGAAAUCAAUUAAAUGAUCCAUACACAUUUAAGGGGAUAUACAGAUAUGCUUACGACUUUGCCAGAGAUAAAGAUCAACGAAGUAUGGACAUGGAAACUGCAAGGGUAAUGUUACAGCUGCUUUUGGGGAAACAUUGGCCUCUGUUUGCGCAGUUUGCUCAGUUCCUAGAUCAAUCCAAGUACAAAGUGAUAAAUAAAGAUCAAUGGUGCAACAUAUUAGAAUUUUCACGUACAAUCAAUCAUGACUUGUCUAAUUAUGAUUUAGAUGGAGCGUGGCCAGUAAUGCUUGAUGAAUUCGUCGAAUGGUUAAAAAUUCAACGGGGCGAAGGAGUCCCGUCGACAGAAGCAAGAGGCAGCUGAAACAUCUUACAAGAAUAGUCCAUUGAACUAAAAACAAUUCGUUAUUUCUUUUUUUUAAUCGUAAUAUUCUGUUAAUAACGAAAUUUUUGUUUAUAAAUCAUAACCUCGCGACAUUUCAAUUACCAUCAUUUAUACUAUUUUUUUUAAUUAAAAUGUAAUAAUGUAUUGUAAGUAGCUUAUCAUAAAUAUGAUUUACAGGAUCUCUUUUACACAAACUCGGUUAAAAAAUUUUAUUUUGUUUCCAAUUAUUCAUCACCAUUUGCAAUUAAAUCCAAUCACAGAAACUUGUGAUUAAAAAUAAAACUAUUUUGAUAUAAGAUUUACUUGUGCAAUUUGUAAAAAUAAUUUAAAAUCAAAUUCAAGGAGAAAUAAGUUAAUCUAAUUAACUGGUUUUUUUUUUUUUUAAUUGAAUAAUGCUUUCAGAUGAUUGUCAUUGACUUCCAGUGAUUGUAAAUUGCACAGUUUGUGUCAUUGCAAAUUAAACGCUCUUACUACGCGUUACUCAAUGCGUUUUUGUUAGACGUUUAUUAUUUAAAUAAACCAACAGCCAAAAGCAUACACAACUUUCACAUUCCAUAUCAUCGAGUUAAUAUCGAAAAUGUGUUUGUGUAUUGGAAUUCACAAUUCGCAAUUUCUGGAACAAAUUCUGUUAAUGUAUUCUUAACUCUUUGUAUACCUGUUGCAAACUUUAUAUAAAGUAAUACUGACAACAUUUUCUACAAAAUUUAGGUAUGUAUAAUAUUGUCAAUGAGAGACAUUUAAAAAGUACGUAAAUAUCUCACUAAGUAGAAUCAUUGGUGAAAUAAAACAUACAUUAUGCAGGUGUUAUUGCAACAUUUAGUAUUCUAAAAGCAGUACAUAAAGUGUCAAUAUCACACGCUAUUUAGUGAAAUUUAAGUAAUUCCUGUAAAUGCUAAAAUUAUGGAUGUAUAUUAGUAUAAUACCCUCUGAUUAAAACAUGAUAAUAUUUAUUAAACAGCUAUUUCUCGAUUUUUCAAAUCGAUUUGUCAAUAUCAAUUCUUAUGCUUAAGGAUGCAAAAUUCAUCAACAAAAAGACUUAUUUUGUAAUUAUUUAAUGAUAAAAUGACUAAUUAUUGUUUUAUCCAAUAGUCUUAACGAUGUAUAUACUUAAAUCAAUUGUUAUCUCGUACAAUUUCUGCGACUAUUACACAUGUCAAAGUUUCAAUAUAAAAACUGAAUAUUUUAGACAUGCAUCGCCAACAAGUUUUGCGAAGAUUUCGAAACUGAUGUAUAAUGAUUAUAUAAGACAACUAUGUAAAAUAUAUUAGUUUGAUAAAGUG